UGGGCGACAGCCGGGGAGAGAAGGGGUGUCUGGAGUAAGGACCUGGGCUGGUCUUGGAGGGGAAGCUAGCCCAUGCCUGAGGGAAGUGCUGGGCCCCGCGAGAAGGGGUGUGAUCUGAAGCGCCCCAACUGCUCUCCCCUCGGCUGGGCCCAUGGCUGGGGCGGAGUCCCCCGGGCGAGCAAGGGGCUCGGCCUGGACCUGGAGGCCAGUGGCGCGGGACGCGCUCCUGGCUCGUGCCUUCCAUUCAUGCACCGAGCUGCAGGGACGGUUCUAUCUGGUAGGGGGUCUCCUGGAAGGUGGUGCCAAGGUGCCCAGCAGCGAUACUGUGAUCUUUGACCCAGCUGGGGGCCAAGCUGUACGACUGCCAGCCCGGGGCAGUCCCACUCGCAGUCACCACGAAGCGGUCCUGGUGGGGGGACGGUGGCUCUGCGUGGUGGGUGGCUGGGACGGGUCCCGUCGCUUAGCCACGGUGGCAGCUCUGGACACGGAGAGUGGGGCGUGGGAGGUCUGGACGGCGAACCCUGGCAACUGCCCUCCUGCUGGCCUCAGCAGCCACACCUGCACUCGCCUCUCCGACCGGGAGCUGCGAGUGUCUGGCAGAGAGGGUGGCACCCGCACUCAGCGUCGCUACGGAAGCAUCUACACGUUAAAGUUGGACCACAGCACCCGCACUUAUUGCUACAAGGAAGAAGGCUGCCACACGGCCUCACGAUCAGGUCACUGUGCUGCCCUGCUGCCAACUGCCGGACCUCACCCGGGUCAUCAGCUGUUGCUCUUCGGGGGCUGCAACUCGGUGGAACCAGAAGUAAUUGGGAAAUGGAGCCAUGGGAAAAUUAAGGAGGAACCACUUGCCGCCCCCCGUUUGACGGAACAGCUCAAGAGGCUCGUGAGCAGCGGGCAGGGGUUGCGGCAGGGACCCCAGGGCCUGCGGCACCAUUCCUGUUCAGUGGUGGGGCCUUUCGCUGUACUCUUCGGUGGUGAAACCCUGACCAGAGCUAGAGACACGAUCUGCAAUGACCUCUACAUCUACGACACCCGCGAGUCUCCGCCUCUGUGGUUCCACUUCCCCUGUGCAGACCGCAGACUGAAGCGCGUGGGCCAUCGCACGUGCCUGUGGAACGACCAGCUUUAUUUGGUUGGGGGUUUUGGUGAGGACGGCAGCACAGCCAGCCCACAGGUCUGUGUUCUGGAACUCUUUGUCUAAAGAAUAGAAGGGCACACGGACCAGGCCUCUGUGUUGUGGCAGACCCACCCAGCAUUCUCACUGUUAUUGCACACUUUAUCUAAUUAUUAAAUUUCAAUCAGAGAAUCAA